GGUCUUACCUCUCAGGACGGUGCGGGGACAGCCAGGGGCGACCCGCACCCAGAGGCGUAGCGGGCAGCUGACGAGAGUGACCGCCGACCUGUGAGCCGGGCUCCAGCGCAGGUUGAAAGGACAAUACUUGGCCUGAAACCUGCAGGGAUGGGUAGAACUUACUUUGUUGAGGAAGCUGUUGGGCAGUAUCUUUCAGACCUCAGCACGAAAUUGAAGCCAUAUGUCACUGGGCUGUUAAUAGGCCAGUGUUCCCCACAACGAGACUACGUUAUUCGGGCUGUUCAAAGCCCUCCGAAGGAAGAGCAGAAAGAAGACAACAUCAAUCACUCCAAUUUGGCAUCCAUUGAUGAGGAAUGGAUAACUACACAUGCCAGUCAGGUUUCUAGAAUGCUUCCUGGAGGCUUACUAGUUCUUGGUGUAUUUAUUAUUGUGACUCCAGAGCUUUCAAAGGAGAGUCAAAACACUCUGCGCAAGCUGAUCUUCUCAGUGGAAAAGUCCUUGACUAAGAGAAGGCUCUGGAAACCUGCUGAAGAGGAGGUCUCAGACAGAGCAGCUCUUCAGAUUUGUUCUUCCACAAAAAAAGUAGUUUGCCGAACCUAUGAUGUGCAAGACCCCAAGAGUUCAGCUAAACCAGCUGACUGGAAAUACCAGAGUGCUCUGUCUGCCUCCUGGCUAGCUCUGAGCUGCACAGUAAAUGUUAAUAUUCAUAUUCCACUUCUUGCUACUUCACCAAACCAUGACCUGGAGAAGAACACCAAGAAUGGGUUAAACCGAUGGUCAAAGCAGAUAGAAGACAGUGUUUUUCUGAUCAAUGGACAAGUUAGAGGUGAUGAUACAGAACUGCUGGAAGGGCAGAAAAAGUCAAAAGGAACUACUCAGUCUGGCACUCAGUUUUUUGAUGUCAAGGUUCUGACACAACUGUCCCAGGGUUCAAGUCAUAGAUCGACAGCUGCAGUCCAGAUCUGCAGUGGUUCCAUAAAUCUCAAAGGUGCUGUGAAAUGCAGAGCCUACAUGCAUAACAACAAGCCCAAAGUUAAAGAAGCUGUUCAGGCCUUGAAAAGAGACAUCAUAAACACCCUGAGUGAUCGGUGUGAAAUACUGUUUGAGGAUCUCAUUAUAAAUGAAGGACCUCACAAAAAAAAUUUUGAGCAGUCAUAUCAUGUCUUACCUCAAAGACUGUUUGUCCCCAUUGCUGGAUCUGCUGUGAUGCUGAGUGAUUAUAAGUUUGGUGAUGAGGCCACUGGAGAGAUUCAGGAACGGUUUGUUGAGCUGUUGGAUCAGUCUGUGCAAACUGAAGAUAUCCAUAUAGCUGAGGACAUAAGCACAGUUGAUAUUUGUCCAGUUCCUGACCAUAUGGAUGCCCCACAACCUCAACAACUGACAAAAGCAACGUUGCUGUUGAAGCUUCAACAAAAUAUGGGUGUGGUAAUAGCUGCUGCUGUCGCAGUCUUCGCAUCGAUCUUCUCCUUCAAUUACUUUAGUGAUUAAACUCCGGUGACCAGAGCUCCGUGGGAGUAUUGGCCAGUUGCAAGAUGGAAACCUCUGAGUUUAAUACAUUCAUAAUUAAAAAUAGUUACCUGAAUGUCACCAGUUAGAUGUGCAAUCAGAGUUGUAAUGAUAGGUUCACUUAGCUUUGUUCCAGCAUGCACUUGCUCUAUCAAGUAGAAUCAUGCAGGUACAGCAUCAGGUGAAUCAGGUUUACAGGAGACUAAACCUGUGUAAACUAACCCCAAGAAAGAACCCCUCAACAACUGUAGAACCUUAAUUUUCUUCCUCUUGCUGGUUUAAUGUCAAAUGCUACUACUGGUGGUUUUCAGGACUAGCAUAGUUACCUGGUAGGGCAAUUCUUGCUUUAAGGAUUCUGUUGCUUAAAGAAGUCUCAAUUCCUUGGUAUAAAAUUAGAUGUAAUGAAGGCAACGUUUCACAAUAGGCAUGGUUUUAGAUAAUAGUGGGUAUUAGUAGCACAAUAGAUAAACAAAUAGCUUCUAGUAGUUUUAAGCCUAGGGCAAUUCAGCCUGCAACUACCUGAGUUCAAGGCCUGAAGAGCACAGGAAUCAAUACAAUGAGUAGAGCUUCCGAGCUAUGUACAUGCUGCCUUUUACUCAGCGACUCUUGAUGAGGAUUUCUCUCUCCAGCUCUGAUCCAGUUAUUGUUCUCUUGGCAUAUUAACUAUUUCAGAUCUUAUUUAUAGUCAGUUGGAUAGAGCCUUGAGCAAACUGCUCUAGUACAAGGUGUACUUGCCUGCGCUGUGGCAGAGGGGUUGGGAAUAACAUCAUGUCCCUUCCAGCCUGAGCCAUUCUAUGAUAUUUUAGCAGCAGCUGCAUUUGGCAGCCCUUUUGGGCUAUCUUAUAUGUACAUGCAAGUCGUUCAAAUUGUUUGUUAAUCACUGUGAAGGGACAGCUUUGCAUUAGAAUCACAGCAUUAAGUUUCAAUUGGGAAAGACCUUUAAGAUCAUGAAGUCCAACCAUUAUGAGAUACUCUUUUGCAUACAUUAAGUCACAAUCACAGAACCGUUCAGGUUUGAAAGGACUUAAAAUCCUCGAGUCCAAUUGUAACCCAGCUACCAUGGCCACUAAACUAGACCCUGAAGCACCACAUCUAUGGCUUCUUGAACACCUCCAGGGAUGGGGAUUCCACUGCCUCCAUGGGUGGAGUCCUGACCACUCUUUCAGGAAAGAAAUCUUUCCUAAUGCUCAACCUAAACCUCCCCAGGCACAACUUAAGCCUGUUUUCUCUCAUCCUAUCUCUGGUUACUUGGCACCAGCCUCACUCCAGCCUCCUUUCAGGGAGUUGCCAGGAGGAGAGCAGAGGAAGGAAAGAAUUCUAGUAAGGUUAGUAAAGAUAAUUUGUACAUGAUAAGUGAUGUUUACAUGGAUCUGAACUACAGUAGAGAAGGAUUCCAUAUUUUGGGGUGGUUUAUUACUACUGCACACCACUUAUUUUUUGUAUAAAGACACUGGAACAGUAAGGAACAGUAUCAAGACUUUGGUUCUAAAGCAUAAUGAAAGAUGUCCUGGGAUGCUUUGAAUAAAAUACAGCUAUGAGAAA